CCCACCUCGGGUAAUUUCUUGCAUGAUUUUCUAGAAGCAAGUAGUUUUUCUCUUGUGUGUAUAUAUAUAUUAAUUGGUCAGGACCAUAAAUAGGGAAUUAUCACAACAAAUGGAAGAAAAUUACAUCUCCAGACUCCAAUCUAUUACUGUUUUGCAUGAACAAAUGAACCCGGCCAGAUGAUCAAGUAAAACUAGCCCUCCUGCAUGUAAAUUUUUUUUUUUUUUCCUAACAUUUUUAAGGAAUUAAUCUAGCAAUUAAUUAUUCAACAAAAAAAAUUAGGUUGCUUAAAUGGGAUAGGACCACACGGCACGAGACAGAUGGAAAUAUUACACACGUUGAUUCAAAAGAGAGAGCCCCACCCCAUGCGCAGACUUGUAAUUUAAGAUUUAUGAAUAUAUAAUUAAGAAGCUAUAAGAAUCGGGAUCUCCUAGACCAGAGGAGAAAAUAUUGAAUCAAAGAAACACAAUCCUAUCAAGACUGAGAGACAGAGAGGAGACAGGGUCGAGAGAAAGACAGACAAAUGGGAAGAAGCCCUUGUUGUUCUAAGGAGGGCUUGAACAGAGGAGCAUGGACUGCUCAAGAAGACAAGAUUCUCUCAGAAUACAUUACAGUCCAUGGGGAAGGAAAAUGGAGAAAUUUACCCAAAAGAGCAGGUCUGAAAAGAUGUGGUAAGAGCUGCAGGCUUCGCUGGCUCAAUUAUCUGAGACCAGACAUUAAGAGAGGUAACAUCUCACCCGACGAGGAAGAACUCAUCAUUAGGCUUCACAAGCUCUUGGGGAACAGAUGGUCUCUAAUAGCCGGGAGGCUUCCAGGGCGAACAGACAAUGAAAUAAAGAACUAUUGGAAUACAAAUCUAGGAAGAAGAGUUGAAGAGCGACGAAGCACUACAGCUCAAACUUCUUCUAAGCAUUCAAGCCACUCCAAUGAAAAGAACUCGAAGCCACGUGCACAGGCCACCAGAGUGUCAUCGUCGCCGGCAAACAUGGCGCCGUAUGCGAUCCGGACCAAGGCAUUCAGGUGCUCCAAGGUGCUUAUCACCCCACACUCACAGCCAAACACCUGCGAGUAUUCUGAAGCCAAAGUAGGGCCAGCAGGGCACCCAUUAAUGGACGUUCAUAAUUAUCCCACAAAUUAUAAGCCCUCUACAGGCGAUGAGCUUUUGUCGCUUCCUUGUGGAGAAGACAAUAAUAUUCCCUCGUCGGAUUUCAUGAUGAAUUUCAACGUGGGAGACAUCUGCUUGUCGGAUCUUCUCAACUCAGACUUUUCAGAUAUGUGUGACUUCAAUUACGGGGACGAUCAUAUUAGUAAUGAGAAAAUGCUGCAAGAUUGGAGUAGUGUCAGCAAUGGCGUUCAAACCAAUUUCCAGUCUUUCCCUUCACUUCUUGAUUCUGGAGAGCAAUGGCUGGGAGAAUGAUCGAUUGAGUCAAAUAUCUGUUCAUAUCAAUAAAAAUAGUAGCAGUUUAGUUCUAGCUUAAUUUUGAUCACCUCAUUACACUGUAACAUUUUAUGGCUUCCAUUUUUCAGUGACUCUGUAAGUGAGUGUACCAAUAAUUACUACUGUAUUCUAAUUCUCAUCUGCUGAUGUUCUAUAUAUAUAUAUAUAUAUAUAUA